AUGCUGACGACAAGAAAAUCGCCAAAAUAUUUAACUACCUUCCCUUAUCCUUAUAUGAAUGGGCGCCUCCAUCUUGGCCACACCUUUACUGUCUCCAAAUGUGAGUUUGCUGUGGGUUAUCAAAGACUCGUUGGAAAACGAUGCUUGUUUCCGUUUGGGUUCCAUUGUACGGGAAUGCCUAUAAAAGCUUGUGCUGAUAAGCUAAAGCGUGAAAUGGAAGACUUCGGAUGCCCGCCACGAUUUCCACUCGAACAAGAAGAAACAGUUGACGAAGAAGUUUCCUCAUUCGAUGAAAUCACCAAGGAUAAGAGCAAAGGAAAGAAGAGUAAACUCGUUAGCAAAACCGGCUCGUUCAAGUAUCAAUGGCAGAUAAUGCAGUCUCUGGGUCUCACAGAUGAAGAAAUCGAAAAAUUUGCAAAUACUGAUUAUUGGCUAGAUUACUUUCCUCCGUACUGCAUUUCUGAUCUGAAGAAAAUGGGCCUCAAGGUCGACUGGCGCCGCUCCUUUAUUACAACUGAUGUGAAUCCAUACUAUGAUUCCUUCGUUCAAUGGCAGUUUCGUAAACUACAUCUCGCUAAUAAGAUCGAUUUUGGCAAAAGGUAUACCAUAUAUUCUCCAAAGGAUGGGCAACCUUGUAUGGAUCACGAUCGCUCCAGUGGUGAAGGUGUUGGUCCUCAAGAAUACACUUUAGUACAGCUCAAGGUACUGGAACCCAAGCCGGCUGCAAUUGCUCACAUAACUCUGCCAGUGUAUUUAGUUGCAGCCACGUUAAGACCUGAAACUAUGUAUGGUCAGACUAAUUGCUAUCUUCAUCCGAAUAUUCAGUACUCUGUGUUUUAUGCUGGUGAAAAGGAAGACAUGGUAUUCGUAGCCACUGCUAGAGCAGCAAGAAAUAUGUCCUAUCAAGGCCUUACCGCUUCGAAUGGCGUGGUGCGGUAUGUUGAUGGACUUGAGAAGAUUCUGGGAAGUGAGCUUCUUGGUGCUGCUUUGUCAGCUCCUCUUGCAUCCUAUACGAAAAUCUACGCGCUUCCUAUGCUUACAAUUAAGGAUGACAAAGGAACUGGAGUGGUAACAUCUGUGCCGUCAGAUUCUCCGGAUGAUUUCGCAGCGUUAUCAGAUCUGAAAAAGAAGAAACCGCUCCGUGAGAAGUACGGAAUAACGGACGAAAUGGUUCUUCCUUUCGAGCCUGUGCCAAUCAUUGAAAUUGAAGGACUGGGUAACCUCGCAGCUGUUGAAAUGUGCCAUCGUUUGAAGAUUGAGUCUCAAAAUGAUAAGGAUAAAUUGGAAGAAGCGAAAAAGGAAGUCUACCUCAAGGGAUUUUACGAUGGUGUAAUGAUAGUCGGCAAGUAUGCGUCUCAGAAGACGGCUGAUGUGAAGAAAUUAAUUCAGGCAGAUUUGAUUGGAGAGGGACUCGCUAAAAAAUAUGUGGAGCCUGAGAAGAAGGUGAUUAGUCGAAGUGGAGAUGAAUGCGUCGUGGCUCUCUGCGAUCAGUGGUAUCUCAAUUACGGAGACCCGGAUUGGAAGAACGAAACGAGAAAAGCACUUGCGCAGUUGAAUACAUACAGUGAUGAGGUACGACGCAAUUUUGAAGCGACUAUAGAUUGGUUGCACGAGCAUGCCUGCUCCAGAAGCUACGGACUCGGAACAAAACUCCCUUGGGACCCGCAAUAUCUUAUAGAGUCUUUGUCCGAUUCCACUAUCUAUAAUGCCUACUAUACGGUGGCUCACAUGUUACAACAAGGCUCCCUCGAUGGUAGCGUUGUAGGACCAGCAGGAAUAAGCAAUACUGAUGCGUAUGGGACUACAAUUCUCUUAGGAAAUGUGUAUGAUUCAGCUACAAUGCCUGUCCCCGAAGAGAAACUUAUUGCUCUUCGAAAGGAGUUUUUGUAUUGGUAUCCUAUAGAUAUGCGUGUUUCUGGAAAAGAUCUUGUGCAAAAUCACCUCACCUAUCUGCUCUACAACCAUGUUGCGAUAUGGCCUGAUCAGCCGGAACUGUGGCCAAAAAGUAUUCGUGCCAAUGGACAUCUUUUGCUCAACAAUGAGAAAAUGUCAAAGAACACCGGUAACUUCAUGACGCUCAUCGAUGGUAUAGAAACAUUUUCUGCAGAUGGAAUGCGUCUUUCUCUCGCGGAUGCUGGAGAUGCAGUUGAGGACGCAAAUUUCGUAUUCAGCAUGGCUGACGCCGCCAUUCUCCGACUUUAUAAUUUAAUUGAUUGGGUGAAAGAUAUGGUUGCUUUACGUGAUCAAAAUGGUCUACGAAGAGACGACUGUAGCAGUUUUGCUGAUAGAGUCUUCGCCAACGAAAUGAACAAGAACAUACGAAUAUGUGCCCAGCAUUAUGAAGCGACUUUAUUCAAAGAAGCUUUGAAAGUUGGAUUCUUCGAGUAUCAGGCUCUACGUGACAUGUAUCGUGAGAUAUGUGGAGGUCAAGACGGGGCGAUGAAUGAAGAGUUAGUAUUCCGCUUCAUUGAGACACAAGCACUGAUCCUUUCGCCAAUAUGUCCGCAUAUCGGAGAGCACAUAUGGCAGAUUCUGAAGAAGAAUGAACUGAUUGUGAAUGCGAAGUGGCCAGAAACUGCUGAAGUAGAUGAAACUUUGUGCAAGGCGGCUGUGUUCAUGCGAGAGGUCAUGGCCGAUUUCCGAGCACGUGUAAAGAACUCAAUGAGUUCAAAAAGGAAGAAUGCCUUCACGUCUCCUCCACUGGAAGCCAUUAUUUAUGUAGCAAAGGAGUUUCCCACGUGGCAGAAAACUGUGUUACAGUACCUCGAAAAACAAGCUCAGGAAAACAAUGGAGUUCUGCCGGACAAUAAGACCAUCUCUCAAGCCUUGGGUAAAGAGGAGUCGUUGAAAAAAUUCUCGAAGAAGAUCAUGCCAUUCGUGCAAAUGGUAAAGGAACAGUACGAGCAAAAAGGAAUGAUAGCUUUGGCAUCAGCAUGCGCAUUUGACCAAGCUGCAAUAUUACUCGAAAAUAGGGAUUACAUUGAGAAUUCGUUGGAGCUCGAUAGAUUCUUCAUUAAAUAUACUGAUGAACCCGAUGUGGAACCGGUGAUUGCCGAGACCGUUGUACCAGGAGCGCCGCUUAUGCACUUUCUACCACUCAAGGAGAGUGUUAUGUUGACUGCUCGUAAUGUGCAUGUUGCAAACGCACUGUUCGACAUUGAUGUUCCAAUUGUCGAUGGUGAUUCCGUUUACGUUGUAGCUCGAAAACUACGUCGACUUAACAAGUCCAUUAAACCUCGGUUCACAAUCACAUUGUGGCGUUACCAAGAUGCAGUUGGAGGUGAUCGGAAAUUGAUUAGUAAUGUUGAUCCAUUAUCGAUGAACGAGCAACUUCAGGAUAAUGAUGCAGUUGGAGGUGAUCGGAAAUUGAUUAGUAAUGUUGAUCCAUUAUCGAUGAACGAGCAACUUCAGGAUAAUGAUACGUUUGUUGUUGAUUAUGAGAAGAAAUUGGUGUCUAUCAAGAGUAAUGGAUCCACUCACCCACUCGGAGAAACCAUUGUUUAUGUGGCGCAAUACACCAUGACUGAAGCGAACGUGGCUGCGUUUUCUUCUGAGGAGGAUUCGCAAGUUAUUCCUCACGCUCAGGAUGAUGGAGAAGAUUGCUGUCGUACGCCUGGUCCAUCUGUUUCUGUUACACAGCAAAUUGUCUCAUCUGCAACGGGUGCUAUUGUGACCUCUCUUUUGAUGACGCCUAUGGAUGUGGUUAAAAUUCGACUGCAGCAGCAACGUCAUCCAUUCCCUAAAGGGCAUUGUUUUUACUACUAUAAUGGUCUCAUGGAACACCUCUGCACUUCUUGUGAACAACGUCUACCAUGCGCAUGGUAUCAACGACCUGGCAAUUUUUCUGGAACCCUUGAUGCUUUUGUCAAAAUCACGCGGAACGAGGGCUUGCGCUCCUUGUGGAGCGGGCUAUCUCCCACACUGGUCAUGGCUGUACCUGCAACCGUGUUUUAUUACUCUCUAUAUGACAGGCUGCUGACACGUUUUCAGAACACAUUGCGCUUUCGUCGAAAGUUGACGCCGAAAAGGGUAUGUCCGCCAGACUGGACAGCAGCGAUGUUCGCAGGAGCACUAGCGAGGACGACUGCUGCAACAAUUGUCAGUCCUCUAGAAAUGAUUCGCACAAAAAUGCAAAGCGAACAGUUGAACUAUCGAGAUAUUGGACAAGCUUUACGCGUUACCGUAUCUACUCGUGGUAUUUCGGCUGUUUACUGGGCAGCAUAUGAUACUCUUAAAAGGCGAACUAUGGCGUGGAAGAGCAUGCGAGAACCAACUUUCACUAUGUCUUUCGCCUGCGGAGCUACGGCUGGGUCGUUUGCUGCAGUACUUACCACUCCAUUCGAUGUGAUGAAGACUCAUCUUCAAAUCAAACUUGGUGACGAGAAAGUUGUUCGACGUACUCCUCUUACUGUUAUUGUGCGAGAAAUUGUGAAUCAUGGUGGUGGCGUGACCGCGCUUUUCGCUGGAGUGGUACCGCGAGUGGCAAAGAUUGCUCCAGCAUGUGCGAUAAUGAUUGGCUCAUACGAAUAUUUUAAAAUGUCAACGUUUGCAAGCAUCAGCAAGAAACUGGCAAGUCAGAGGCCUCACAGAGAACGCUCCCAACCAAAAGUUCGCGCUCAUCUGGGCUUAUUAGAGAAGAAAGCCGAUUAUAAAGCUCGGGCAAAAGAUUAUCAGGAAAAGCGAGAUACUUUGAAGAAAUUGAGGAAGUACGCCUUGGACAAGAAUGAGGAUGAAUAUCAUCACCAUAUGAUUAAUAGUGAGGUUAAGCUUGACGGUCGACAUUUCGAUAAGAAGACAAAGAAACAGGAGGAGGAUUCUGAGGUGCAGAAAAAGUUGAACGAUGUGAAAGAUCUGGAAUACGUGAAAUACAAACUCUAUGCGGAAAACAAGAAGAUAGAUGAGUUGAAAUCAGAGCUUCACUUCGCUGAUCCAAGUUGUGGACUUGGAGCGAGUAAGCACACAAUCUUUGUCGACGAUGAUGAGGAAGCUAAAUCUUUCGAUCCUAUUGAAUACUUUGGUACUGACGAGUCCGUGAUCUCGAGAAAAUACAACCGUUUACGGAAGGACGACCUCGCAAAAAAGAAUGUCAUCGGCGCGCAAAGUAAAGACGACGUAAAGAAAGCUGAUCGACUUAGACGUGCCCGUUACUCUGAAUUGAUGAAGCGACAACAGAGAGUGAAAGAGUUGGAAGUCGUGGUUGCAAAAUUGGAGCUCAAAAAGGUAGUUGGAUCA